AUGGUCGUCGAUCAAGACUGCACUCCUGCGAGACCUGCACCACCAACAACACCUCCUCCGACCACGACCACCACCGCCGCCGCCGCCGCCGCCGCCGCCGCCGCCGCUACUACUUCAACGGCGCCCUCAACCAAGCCAGAACUACCCAUCAAAGCUUUCGUCUCGUCAAGGUACAAGGAGCAACUGGCCAGGAGCUCAUCGCGUCCCUCCCCCUCCGCCCCGUCGACCUCGACCUCGUCCUCGUCGCGCUUCGCACCCAGCCCAGCAGGUACCCCCGCCAGUCGUUUCGUGGACCGAGAUUCAGACAGGGAACGGGAACGGGACCGAGACCGAUUCGAUGAUUUCCGUAGAUCAAGACCUCCCCCAUCGAUCAUGGACGACCACCCUCGAGAUCGCUGGGGAGCUCAUAGGGGACUACCACCACCUGCCCCAUCUCGUACAAGAAGUCCGAGUCCGGAUCGGCUCAGGAUGAGGAGUCGCAGUAGGAGUCCACCUCCGUCGCUUAGGAGAGCUCCUCCUUCUUCGUCCCGCGGUGCUGCGUAUCACGAUGACGAUCUACGAGAUCGGUUCGAUAGGGGAGGACCACCUCCUUCCAUGGGAGCAGACUACAGGAACCGUCGACCGAGAUCGAGGAGUCCGCCGCCACUCGGUGAGUCGAGUGGCCAGUUGCAGGUCAGUUUCACCGGAUGCUCAAGUCAAAUUGGAACCGCCCCACAGGCUACCGCAGAAGGUCUCGUUCCCCCGACUAUGGAGGAAGGUCACCCCCACCUGCGUCACGAAGCGCACCUCGUUCCCCCGAGUACCGCAGAGGACCUCCACCUCGUGCCUACCCACCUGCACCAUCAGGGCGAGGUCGGUCGCCGAGUCGUAGUCCGCCACCUUCUUCGAACUCUCGUUGGGAAAGACCCCCUCCUCGUCGACACGAAUCAUCCCCGCCUCCCCCUGCCUCGUCGUCCGCACUUCGUCGGAGGGGUUCGCCUUCGCCUCCUCUACCUUACAGCGGAGGUGGCCGAAGUCGAGCUCGAUCGCCUUCCCCUGCCUUCGCUCGGGGUCACCCACCAGCGCCGGUCUCACGACGCAGUUCGAGAUCGCCACCGAGAGGUCCGCGCUUGUACCGUCGAGACUCAUUAUCACCACGUCCCUCAGCAGCAGCGGGGUCCCGAAGGAGAUCACGUGAUUCGCCUUCGCCACCUCAGCGAAGACCCGAAUCAGGACCGGGAUCGUCGCGCCGUAGUCCUACACCGCCACCACCUCGUUCAAGAAGACCGGGCUCACCGGAACGACCGAGUGCGCGAGGUGCUAGCCCACUCUCUUCGUCGACGACGAAGACCCCUGCACCCCCGACGGGACCUCGAGCUUUGGCUGGAGGAGCGAUCCCUACUGGACCUCGUGCCAAGGUCGCGUUGAGCUUCAACAUCUCUUCGACGUCAAACGCGACACCUACGACCCCUGCAGGUCCCCCGACGGGACCCCGAGCUCUUUCAGGCUCCGUUCGCAGCACGUUCCAUUCGACACCGCAACUCACGCCUGCGGCUGCUGCUGCCGCUGCUGCCGGUGGUGCGACGAGUGGAGCGAAGGCGACGGCGACAGCGACGCCUACGGGUCCUCGGCCGGCGACGAUCCCUACGGGCCCUAGAGGGUGGAGGUCGGCACCCGCUCCGCCUGCGCCUGCGCCUUCUUCCUCCUCUUCGUCGGCAUUGGGGAGUUCCUCCUCCGCUGUAGCCGCAGGGACCGAUCCAUCGACCCCCGCGCCUCCCAGUGGCAGUAGUAGCGACCUCGCCAAACCCGCUCCUCCACCUCCCGCCUUUGACCCCUCCAUCUCACGCUACAUCGUACACCCUUCCUCGAACCUCGUCGCCAAACUAAAAACUCUCGCCUCCGUUCCCGGUUCUCUCGAGAUCGAAGCCGAGAUACUCAAACUGCGUUCCGCGCGGAACGAUUUGGGUUCGGUUGAAAGUACGGAGGAAAGGUAUCGGAGGGAGAGGUGGAUCAUGGAGGAUUGUCAGGUUGAGAUGAGGUGUGCGAAGGAACGGACGAGGUGGAGUGGAGGGGAGGCGAUGGGUUUGGGUUUGGGUUUGGGUUGGGGUGGGGGAGGGGGUGGGAUGGGAGGUGCGGGGUCCGGUAUUUAUUAG